AGCAGCUAGGUAGCAGAAGGAAACUUUGGGAUCACAGCAGCAGAGGAAAGCCAGGAAGUUGCUCGAGCUUGUGUCCUCUUACAGACCUUCUUCAGCGCCAUGUUCCGCAAUCAGUAUGACACGGACGUCACCACAUGGAGCCCUGCGGGGCGGCUCCACCAGAUUGAGUACGCGAUGGAGGCCGUCAAGCAGGGCAGCGCCGCAAUUGGCCUGAGAAGCAGCACGCACGUGGUGCUCGGGACGCUGCUGCGCGCGGCCUCAGAACUGAGCUCCUACCAGAGGAAGGUCUUCAAAAUUGACGACCACAUGGGGAUCGCAAUUGCUGGAUUGAACGCGGAUGGACGGGUGCUGUCAAGAUAUAUGCGGAAUGAGUGCAUCAACCAUAACUUCGUGUUCGAGUCGCCGAUGCCGGUCGGUCGGCUGGUGACUCAGGUAGCGGACAAGAGCCAGGUGUCGACGCAGAGAGCCUCUGCGAGGCCAUAUGGGGUGGGGCUGCUGGUGGCGGGGUAUGAUGAGUCUGGCCCGCACCUGUACAACACGGAUCCCUCUGGCAACUACUUUGAGUACUAUGCGAUGGCAAUUGGUGCGCGGUCGCAAGCCGCCAAGACGUACCUGGAGAGGAAGUUUGAGGGGUUCAAGGAGGCGAGCCUGGACGAACUGGUGAAGCACGCGCUGUUUGCAGUGAAAGAGUCGCUACAGUUCCUGCCAUGUUCCCCCCUUGCUUUUGGAGGGAGAGCUUACGAGUAA